CUCUAGCUAAUAGAAGCGCCGGCAAAACACAAUUAAUGGACAUUUACAGUUAUAGGCAAAACGUAAACAAUUGCUAGGAAGAAUUUAAGCGUACUGGAAAUGGAGCAAACACAACCCGCAGCAAAGCGCGCCAAACUGGAGACGAAGCACAAGCCCCUAUUGGAAGAGGAUGAGACGCCUUCGGUAUUCAAUCCCAAGUAUCGUGUCUGCCCCUAUUUGGACACGAUCAAUCGCAAUCUGCUGGACUUCGAUUUCGAGAAACUCUGCUCCAUAUCGCUGACGCGCAUAAACGUUUACGCCUGCCUCGUGUGCGGCAAGUAUUUCCAGGGGCGUGGCACCAACACACACGCCUACACACAUUCGGUGGGCGAGGCGCAUCAUGUGUUCCUCAAUCUGCAUACGCUGCGCUUCUACUGCCUGCCGGAUAACUACGAGAUCAUCGACUCCUCGCUGGACGACAUCAAAUAUGUGCUGAAUCCGACAUUUCUGCGCAACGAGAUCAGCAAACUGGACCAGCUGCAGCCGAAGCAUUCGCGCACCGUUGACGGCGUCCUCUAUUUGCCCGGCGUGGUGGGCCUGAACAACAUCAAGGCGAACGACUACUGCAAUGUGGUGCUCCAUGCCCUGUCCCAUGUCAGCCCCUUGCGGGAUUAUUUUCUGCGCGAGCAGAACUAUGCGACGAUCAAACGGCCGCCGGGCGACUCCAUGUUCACGCUGGUGCAGCGCUUUGGCGAACUGAUGCGCAAAAUGUGGAAUCCGCGCAACUUCAAGGCGCACGUGUCGCCGCACGAGAUGCUGCAGGCGGUGGUGCUGUGGUCCAACAAACGUUUCCAGAUCACCGAGCAGGGUGAUCCCAUUGACUUUCUGUCCUGGUUCCUCAACACGCUGCAUCGCGCCCUCAAGGGCAACAAGCAGCCCAAUUCGUCCAUUUUGUACAAGAUAUUCCUGGGCGAGAUGAACAUCUAUACGCGCAAAAUUCCGCCCGUUGAGCUGGACGAUGCGGCCAAGCAGCAGCUGCUCGCCACCGACGAGUACAAGGAUCAUGUGGAGCACACCAAUUUCAUAUAUCUCACCUGUGAUCUGCCGCCGCCGCCGCUGUUCACGGACGAGUUCCGUGAGAACAUAAUACCGCAGGUGAAUCUCUAUCAGCUGCUGGCCAAAUUCAAUGGCACCGCCGAGAAGGAGUACAAAACGUACAAGGAUAACUUCAUGAAGCGCUUCGAGAUCACACGCCUGCCGCAGUUCAUCAUUCUGUACAUCAAGCGCUUCACGAAGAACACAUUCUUUCUCGAGAAGAAUCCCACGAUUGUCAACUUUCCCAUCAAAAAUGUGGACUUUGGCGACAUUCUGGGCAUGAAGCAGCGCGACAAGGAUCUGAAGGAAACGAAAUAUAAUCUGGUGGCCAACAUUGUGCACGAUGGCGAUCCAAAGAAGGGCACCUAUCGCGUCCACAUCCUGCACAAGGCCAACGGUCAGUGGUACGAGAUGCAGGAUCUGCAUGUCACCGAAAUCCUGCCACAGAUGAUCACGCUGACCGAGUCCUACAUACAGAUCUAUGAGCGCUGCGCCGAGUCCUAGUCUUAAUUGUAUAUAUAUGUAUAUAUAAAUCUAUAU